AUGCUGCCAAUAGCUACCUCUGGCCUUGUCGCCGGUGUAGUAGCGCAUCAUGGCAUCUUCAUCCGGGGGGAGUGGCACAUGAAAAUUCCGCAAGUCAUUGCAAGCCAUUUGAUUCUUAUGGGCGUCCUAUUGUAUGCUCUGUAUGACCAUUAUAGUUCCUUAAAGAUCGCAGCAAGUGCCUUGGGAACAAUGAUUUCUUGCUACUUCUCUUCCCUGUUCAUUAGCAUGACGAUAUAUAGACUGUUCUUCCACGCUACUUCACAUUUCCCAGGUCCGAAAUUGGCCGCCGUCUCGAAGCUUUGGCACGUAUUUCAUAUUCUCGAUUCGAAGAACUAUGCAUUUCUGCAAAAGCUGCAUAUGGAAUAUGGCCAGUUUGUCCGUACAGGACCAAAUGAGAUUACUAUAUUCCACCCUGCGGCUAUUCAAGAAAUAGAAACUUCGAAGAACCAGACGACCAAGGAUGUUUGGUACGAUCUCCUGAAGCCGCAUAAAUCUGCUGUUUUUGCACGGGAUGAUGACCUACAUAAAGAAUGGCGCAGGUCUUGGACGCAGUCCUUUUCUAAAAAGUGCAUAGACGCGUACCGUCCACGCAUGGUAGAAUUAACUCAAACGCUUUCUCAAAGCAUAUCAGAAUAUGAAGGCGCCCCCGUAGAUAUUGAUGAAGUCAUGACUUGGUUCUCGUUUGAUGCAAUGGGCGAUGCUUUAUUCGGAGAAGACUUCGGUCUUACCCGCUCCAAGUCUAUACAUCCCGGAAUCGUUCAUCGGGAUCGAGCCCUAUCCAUUCUCGGGCCUCUCGAGGGAGCUAUAUGGAUAGCCCGUCUUGGGUUUUCAUUAACACCUUUCUUAGGAAGAGUUAAAGACUGGUUUAAACUGGUCUCCUUUUGCGAUGAACAAUUAAGGAAAAGGAUACAGCGUCCAACUGAGUCCUUGAAAUUAGAUAUGGUCUCCUUCUUCCUUGAAGAAUAUAACAAAAACUCCGAAACGAUGAACGACACAGAUCGGGGUCUUCUACUAAGCGGAACAGUGCUUUCGGCAGUUGUUGCUGGCAGGUUCGUCUUGUUCUCCUAUCAUAAGCCCCGACACAAACCUCAAGUAGGGAAGCUCACCUUACAUAGCGAUACUACUAGAGCCGUUUUGAUUGCAGCUUUCUGGUUCCUAUCGAAAUAUCCUAUUCAUGCCGACAAGAUUCGGUCUGAGAUUCAAGUUUUAAAUCCAAACGACAUAGAUACUCUAUUAACCCUUCCGCAUCUCAACGGGGUAAUAAAUGAAGUAUUGCGUUUAGCACCAUCAGCUAUGACGGGGAUGGCCAGAAUUACAGGGCCUAAUGGGUUUGUAUUCGAUGGUACAUUCAUCCCACCGUUUACUAGGAUAACAGCACCUAAAUAUGUUAUAAUGCGGAUGGAAGCCUCGUUUGUAUUUCCGAACGAAUUUAUUCCCGAGCGCUGGUACUCGAAACCGGAGCUCAUCCGUGACGAACGCGCUUUUGCGCCGUUUGGUUUCGGUAAUCGCAUGUGUACAGGUAAAUCCUUCGCUCAAACGGAGCUCUGUCUUGCUAUCUCAAAUCUGCUCCGUCGCUAUAAGGUCUCUUUUGCGCCGGAAUACGACCCCCAGACAAUGUGGCGAGAUAUGAAAGACCAGGUAACUGCGCAGCCGGGACGUGUUUUGUGUAUAUUCGAGCCGUUAAGUGACAUUAGAGAUUGA